AUCGACACCGGGAGGCAGCCGCAAGGAACGAGGACGUGGUUGCGGCGAGAACACCGCGGAACUAAUUUCAACCACACGAGAGCAAUCGGGGCCCGAACGGGUGCGCCGGCCGAACCUCGCACAUCCUCCUCCCUGGUGAUGGUGCACAGCGACGGGGGGACCUCGCUCACGCUGCGGGGCCCGUCGUCGGUGGUCGGGACCAGUUCCAGCGGCCGCGCCUCGGGCCUGCACAGCUCGUCGCGCUCGCGCCGCUACAACCGCUCCCACGCCGGCGGCAGCUCGUUCGUUCCGCAAAAUGAGUUCCCCAUCUUCAGCCAGAGUGGCGAUGUCGAGAUCGUCGUGCGUGUCCCCUCCGGGCACGAGAACCGCUACCUCCUGCACCGGCACAUCCUCACCCGGUGCUCCGGCUUCUUCGAGGCCAGCACCAGCAGUGAAUGGUCGCGCGCGCAAGCAGUGCCGGAACCGCCGACGCCGGGGACAGCCGGCGCGAUUGAAGGACCAAAAUCCUCGGGCGGGGAGCUGGCGCGGUUAGACAGUAGCCGAGGGGAUAGCAGCGAUGGGGGCUCCAAGCCGAAUUCGAUGGAGCUGACGCGGACGAAGAAGAGAUGGAGGUACGAGCUUGAUUACGGUUCCGGAGACAACGACAUACCGAUGUUGGUGCAGAAGGAGGAGAGCAGCAACCCGCCGCCGGUGAGCAACUCGAUGUUUGGGGGGCCUCCUCCCGGUCACUCGGCGAGCCGGCAUUCCCAUCGCAAGUCGGCCUCGCACUCCUUCUUCCGAUCUGUCGCGAACCUGGCCCUACCUGCGACGCACGCGCCCUCCCUCCCGCCACCCACCCCCGAAGAGCGGGACUUGCUACGGGAUUACGAUAACCUCUUCCGCAUCAUGUACAACUACCCGCCCGUUCUCGACGGCGUCGACAUCGCCAACGCCUACGUGGAGUGCAAGUCCCUGCUCACCCUCGCCGACCAGUACGACGCCCUCGCCGUAGUGGGCGCCCGCGUGGACCACCACAUGCUCCAGUUCCAAUCACGGCUCUGGAAGCAGAUCGCCAAGUACCCCAUCAGCUACCUCCGGCUCGGCUACCUGGCCCGGUCCAAGGUCAUCUUCCAGGAGGCGCUGAUCCACGUGGUCGGCCAGUGGCCGGCCGGCGAGCGCUCGAUCCGCGCGGCGCUGCCCGAGAGCGUCGUCGACAUCAUCGAGGACAAGGCCGACGAGCUCGAGGAGACCGUCAGCCGCAUCGAGGCCCGCCUCUUCCGCCUCACCCUCACCACCCGCACCGGCGAGCGCGUGACCCCGGCCAACGGCUACCUCGAGUGGCUCGCCGUCAGUCUCUUCCGCCAGUGGCUGGCGGAGAACACCACGCCGCCGCCGCCGCCGGUACCGGAGCGCAGGGGCGGCGGCGGCGGCAGUGGCGGUGUCGGUGCUGGCAACGCGCGAGACACGGCCGGUGGCGCGAGGGGCAGGGGCGGGAGCAGUAGCAGCGGAAGCGGAAGCGGCGGCAGCGGCGACGGCCACGGCCGGCUGGGCAGCCACGCGCACAGCCACGCGCAGGCGGCGACGCCUGCCCCGGCGGUCAGCCCGCUUGCGUCGGUGGGGAGGACGUACCGGCUGCUCGGCGCGGCACCGGGCGCGGGGCCCGACAAGGGGUACCUCGGCCACGACGAGUGCAAGCGGUUCCUGAAGCUCACGCCGGAGCUGUACACGAGGGAUAACCUGCGCAAGUUCGAGAAGAGGAUCGAGGAGCUGAAGGCCAUGGCGCGCGAGGUGGUGCGCCCGCUGAUGGGCGGCGGGCUCGAGCUGGAGUCGAUCCACGGGGCCGGCGCGGCCGGCAUCGGCUAUCUCACGUGCACCACGGUGAGGGAUAGGGACUUCCCUUGGGAGUACGAGUAAUCCGAUGAUGACGACGGUUGGGCUGUCAGGCGGGAUGGGAUCAUGG